UUUUUAUGAAUACGAAUUACACGGUACAAAAUAUCCAGAUGAUUUUCUCAUUGAAAAAAUUAUCAAAAGAAAAAAAUCCAAAGUAUUGGUAAAGUGGCUGGGUUUUGACAGUUGUCACAACUCGUGGGUGUCCGCGAACGAUAUUAGUCGUUAAGUAGCGACUCGGGCGGUUAAACAAUUAACAUUUAUCAUUAACAUAAUAAGGCGAUGUAAACACGUUGUUUAAUCUCAUAUUUAAGACCUUGUGGUGUACUUUAAUUACCAUGUUUACUACUAUAAGAAAAUAAAUAUGAACGAUAUUUAUAAGCGGUUCCACACGAAAAUCCAUUAGUUUCUCUCGUAUUACACGGCGCUGUCUGGCAAUAUGGAGGAACUAAGGAAAAAAUUACAACAUCAAGUACACAGUACCCACAAAUCUAUAGGCGAACUGACAAUCAAUAGGAAAUACGUCAUUUUGAAUUUGUCAAGAUCGGAAACGAAAUUUGGUCCGUCUAUUAAAUGUCGAUUGUCGGACACCGGCAUCAACGUCAAUAGUGAAGGUAAAUCGCGGAGCUCGAAAAACGAGGAAAAAAUUCCCGGUACAUUUUAUGUUUAUUUACCGAAAUCGGUGAGCUUGUCUGAUGAGGAAAUCGAAAGUUUCAACAACACAGAAGACGACAACAUGCACUUGAUCUACAGGGGCAAUACUCCAAAGAAAAAAUUUUUAAUCGAUUUUAUGUGAAAAUUAAAUAAAUAAA